AUGGAUCCAAGACUCUUUGCGGAUAGUCAGGCUGGGGACUGGAUGUCACUGGGAGUCAACCUCGAACCGCCGCUGUGUGCUGACCUCAUAUCGUGGAACAUCAACCCGACUCCACCAAUAGAGCCACAUCGGGCAUUAUUCCCUACUUCAGAAGAGAGCAACCCCUUCUGGUGGACUGGAUUAUUGUUCGACCAUCAACAGCAAUUUAUGCAAAUCAGCGAACUAGCUAUUGCACAAAGUAGCGCCCUUGGAGAACUCAAUCGUUGCGGCUUGGAGCCGGGUCCUGACGGACUUUAUCACUGUCCGGAAUCUGGAUGCCGCAGCAAAAAGAGCUACUCUCAAAAAUGGAUGCUCCGGAAGCACCUGAGAGAACAUAUCAAACCUGUCUUGUGCAGCCUGUGCCCUCAUAAGGCUGGCACACAACGCAGCAUGCGCCGCCAUGUGGAAGCAAACCAUAAGGAAUGGGCCAAGCAGUAUUGGGAGGUGGUAUCAUGGUCUUGCGAUUCCUUGUUCACGCCCCGUAAUUGCCAAAUACAUUCGCCCAAGGCUGUCAAAAUCCACGGUGCUAGUUCAGAUCCGCGAGUAGAGUCAUGA